AUGACCAAAGUGCUGACCUAUGUGCUGACCAACGUGCUGACCAAAGUGCUGACCAAUGACAUGACCAAAGUGGUGACCAAAGCCAUGACCAAAGUGUUGACCAAUACCAUGACCAAUGCCAUGACCAAAGUGUCGACCAACGUGUUGACCAAUGUGCUGACCAAUGCCAUGACCAGAGUGCUGACCAAUGCCAUGACCAAAGUGCUGACCAAAGCGCUGACCAAAGUGGUGACCAAGCACCUGACCAAGUUGAUGGUCACGGCAGCGAUGACAUGGUCACGGCAGCGAUGA